AGAGUCGCCAUAAAAAUUAAAUAAGGGCGAUUCAAAAUUUGUGAGGCUGAGGUGCUCGAUGGAUGGGCCAUGGCGGAGGAGGAGAAGGAGAAAAGAAAGCGCAAUUAAAGCUGGGAAUAUGUGGUUCAGUUCUCAGGUUGGAGCAGCGGCAGCAGACCCUUAUCCCCCUCCGUUUGCUUCAUUCUUGGAACGACAAGGACCAAGUAAAAAACGGAGGAGGAGGAGGAGGAGGAGGAGGAGGAGGAGAGAAAGGAGUAAAGUAAUGCGUGGUUUGGAGGAUGCGGCUGGUCCCCGCGGCGAGGUCGAGGACGAGGAUGAACCGGCUGCGACGGCGGAGGAUGAGGUCAGCCUGCGGCAAUGGGUGGACCAGCCCAGCCGGGCAGUGGAUCUGCUCCAGUGCCUCCACAUCUUCCGGCAGAUCGUCGACGCCGUCAACGCUGCCCACGCCCAGGGCGUGGUUGUCGGCGGCGUACGCCCCUCCUGCUUCGUCAUGUCUUCCCUGGAUCGCGUUUCCUUCAUCGAGUCCGCCUCCUGUUCCGAAUCCUCAGAGGACGACGAUUUGACGUCGGGCCGCUCAAGGCUUGGCGGUGGUUCCUCCCGGAUGGUGGCCUCCGAGGAGCCGAGUGGCGGGGUCGAGGACGAGAAGGCGGCGUUCCCGAUGAAGAAAGUGCUGCAGAUGGAGGCCGCGUGGUACACGAGCCCGGAGGAAGAUGCUGGGAAGCCAGCUACAUUUGCAUCGGAUGUUUACCGAUUAGGUGUCCUUCUUUUCGAGCUGUUCUACUCGUUCGAGUCGCUAGAGGAGAAGUUUAUAUCGAUGGCCAACUUGAGACACCGUGUUCUGCCGCCACAGCUUCUGCUCAAAUGGCCCAAGGAAGCCUCCUGCUGCCUUUGGCUGUUGCAUCCUCACCAGGAUACCCGGCCUAAGAUGAGUGGAGUAUUGGAAAGUGAGUUCCUCAAUCAACCAAAGGAUAGUUUGGAGGAGCGUGAUGCAGCAAUUAAGCUGAAAGAAGAGACAGAAGACCAAGAAUUAUUGCUGGAGUUUCUUUUACAUUUGCAGUUAAAAAAGAAGGAAAUUGUUGAUCAGUUGCAUAAUACCAUCCGUUUUCUUACUGCUGACAUAGAAGAAGUCACACACCAAAAAUCAAUUCUCAGUAAGAAAUCAUGUUCAAAACUGGACAAGGAUGAUCGAUCAUCAAAAGAAAAAUUAUAUGAACCUUUAUUGGAUUCUGUAAAAGAUGAAUAUUCAUUCAACUCGGAUGCUAGAAAACGCUUGAGACCUGACCUUCAGAAUUCCAUCCAAGAGAAGCACUAUAAUGUUGGUGCUAAAGAUCCAAGACCUAAAAAGGUUCAGCAGAUUCAGGAAAAUCCAUUAUCAAAGAGCUCCCGAUUGAUGAAAAACUGUGAAAAGUUGGAGGCUGUCUAUGUUUCCAAGAGAUGCAGGACAGUGAAACAAGAAAGUCAACCAGGAAACAAAUUCAUUCACAUUAUCAGUAGUGGCAAAGGGUCCAGUUUUAGGCCCCCCCAUGGAAGUUCAGUUGAUGAUUGGGACUAUGAUGUAGAAAAUGUUGGUAGAAAUGAAUGGAUUAAUCCUUUUCUUAAAGGCAUGUGCAAAUAUCUAGCAUUUAGUAGGUUGAAAGUGAGGGCUGAUCUUAAACAAGGUGAUCUACUGAAUCCAAGGAAUUUAGUAUGUUCAAUGGGUUUUGAUCGGGAUAAAGAAUUUUUUGCUACUGCUGGUGUAAAUAAGAAAAUUAAGAUUUUUGAAUGCAACACUAUUCUGAAUGGAGAUCGUGAUAUUCAUUAUCCUGUAGCAGAAAUUAUUAAUGCCUCAAAGAUAAGCUGUAUCUGUUGGAACAGUUAUAUCAAGAGCCAUAUAGCCUUGAGUGACUUUGAGGGUGUUGUACAGGCAUGGGAUGCAACAAGAAACCAAGUUUUUGCAGUAAUGAGAGAGCAUGAGAAACGAGUAUGGUCUGUUGACUUUUCUCUCACAGAUCCGACGAAAUUGGCUAGCGGUAGUGAUGAUGGCGCUGUGAAGAUAUGGAAUAUCAAUCAGGCUGGGAGUGUUUGUACUAUCAGAACUAAGGCAAAUGUGUGCUCUGUGCAAUUUCAACCUGAUUCUGCUUAUUCACUUGCAAUUGGUUCAGCAGAUCACAAGAUCUACUGUUACGAUCUCCGUAAUUUAAGAAUACCUCGUUGUACUCUGGUUAACCAUAUGAAAACUGUGAGCUAUGUCAAGUACCUGGAUUCAUUGAGUCUAGUAUCUGCAUCUACUGAUAACUCAAUAAAGCUAUGGAACUUACCUGCAAGUGCAUCAGGAAUAAUAGAAAGUCCUCUUCAAACUUUCACUGGCCAUGCAAACAUCAAGAAUUUCGUUGGUCUUUCUACCUCAGAUGGAUAUAUUGCUACAGGUUCUGAGACAAAUGAGGUUUUCAUCUACUACAAAUCUUUCCCAAUGCCUGUUUUGUCAUACAAAUUUGGCGUUACCGAUCCAAUAUCUGGCAAGGAGAUGGAUGACGCAUCGCAGUUCAUAUCUUCUGUAUGCUGGCAGGGUGAGACCUCCACGUUGCUCGCAGCAAGUUCCACCGGCAACAUUAAGCUCUUGGAGAUGGUUUAAUCACGACAUAAUUCCCCUUGUGCGGAAAUUUACAUGUAGUAGUAACUAGAUAUAGAUUAAAAGAAAAUUAGAAUAUUGUAAAUUAAGAAAGAAAAGAAAGGACGGACUAAGAGGGAAAUGAUUCAUGUACAUCAUUGUUCGAGGUAUAUAGCUCAAUUACACAGUUUUUUUUUCUUUAAAGAAUUCAAGUGUUGACUCUUUUUGGGUAGAAGAAAUCAAGUUUGUAUUUGAGCGGAGCA